UGUUAUGUCAGGUUUGACAACUAAACCAACAGUACGUGAAGACAAUCGAUGUCAUUCUGUCUUUACAAAUUCGCUCAUUAGAUUUGAAGACUAUCGUAUUCAUGCGUUUUGUGUCCUUUUUCAUUUAUAACUGAGGAUCAGCAGCGUGCUAUUUUGUGAUCGAAAAGAUAGCUGUCCAAGGUCAAGGAUACAGAUGUGAUGAUCACAUAGUUACAUGCAGUAGUCUCCACAGCUCACACAGGUCACCAUGGUGAAAGCUGACAAGAAGAAACAAGCACCUGCGGAUAAGCAAGAUGGAGAGAAGCAGAAAUCAAUAUCGUCAUUCUUUGAGAAGAACCCAGUUCCUGGAGGUGGCCAGAGAAAGCUGUUUUCUACUGUGGGGUCGAAACUGUCUACACGGAAACCCUCCACUUCAGCCCCGCAAGGGACAGUGACGUUCCCCGUCACCCAGCAGAAGCCAUCAUUCCCAUCCCAACAGCAGCCAGGAGCCACGUUUACCCGAGUCAAAGAAGACAAUGGCAGAAAGUGUGCAAUGGAACCAACAAGUAUACCCGAAACUCAGUUCCAGUCACCUGACAAAUCAUGUGACUCUAUUGUCAUGGUUACUGAGAGUCCUGACAUCAUAAUACCAGACACACCCGAGGGGGAUAAGAUGAGGAAGAUGAAGAAAAAGAUCUUCAUCAGCCGAAGCUUCCUCAGUGUCAACAGCAACCCCAUCACAAGAGCUCCGCCGCCGAAAGUGGUGAAGAAACGUAAAUCAAACUUAACUGGGAUGGUUUCCGUGUCUUUCAACAGUCCAGGUAGCAUCUCAGGUGAUGGGGCACUAGAGAGAGGGCUAUUGAGGGAGGACGCCAGUUUGGAUAUCCCAGCAGACGUCAGCCCCGAGGCCCAGACACCAACUAAAACGUAUGAAAGUGAUCGUGUUAAACGGUUAGCUAAAUCUGGCACUUCCCCUUCAUCAAAACGGACUUUGUAUGCAGAUUCUGAUGUCAUACCUUAUAAAGAAAAUUUUGUGAAUAACUCACCGGAAAUGAAAGUUGCUCAGAUGUCAGACAGCAAGGUUAAGAGUAAGACGUCUGAGUCUGUUCCAGAGAGGAAGACAAGGGUGGAGAGGAUCCUGUCCCACAUGAGUGCCGGUCAGGCUGUGGGUAGUGUGAGUCACAAGCUGACCAACUACCAGCUGGGUGCCGCCCCCUCCUCCAAGGCUGGCACCUCGGAUGUCAUGGAUGAUGAUGAGCUGCUAGGGGAGAUUCUGGGAGAACUUGGAGCAAAGUCAGAGACUCGGGCAGGUGUUGUCACGGAGAAAUGUGUUCCUGUUGCUAAAAUGUCGAGAACUAAACAAGAGAAGGUGAUGCAAAAACAUGUCGACGUUGCUGCAAUAACUGAAGAAGAAUUGGAGCUGUUCCGUACUCUUGACAGCUCUUUUGAAGGUGACAAAGGGGAGUUAACUCCCAAGUCUGAAUCUCCAAGUAUUAUCAUGCCAAGGAGAAAGAAGAAAGACAACAUGGAAGAUGUUAGCAAAGCACCUGUGAGGAAUAUUUUCCACUCUCAUCUCACCAAGGUUACCCACAGCAAUGGUGGUUCAUCACAGGGGUCAGAUGUCAAAGAGUCAUCAGAAGAGUCAGAGGUCAUGGAAGUUGGGACUCCAUCACCGACCUCAAGUCAAGAUCUGUGUGAAGAGCUGUCACAUCUGACACCAUUCAAAGAUGUCAAUCAGCAACAGGGGUUAGCAGAUCCUGGCUGUGCUGCAGACAGGUUUAACCGCUACAGGGUGUCGGCUGUCACUCACGGAAGGGAGGAGGUCGUGCUAAAUCUGGCGAGUACAUUCAACAUCACUAAAUGUAUAGGAUGGACAGUCAUGUGUCUGAGGGUGACAUUGUGCGUCUUUGCCGACUGCACUGAUGGUGUGUACUAUGUCACUGACCAAGCUGGGCUCAUCGUCGUGUGUCCCGACCUACUGCUGUCGGGGACGUCCGUCGUCUCGGGAGUCUUCUGCAUGAGGAGGGAAGGAAGUGAUGACAAGAGUAUUCACAUGUUGUUUGGGAGCAUCAUCCACUGCUUGUUUCCAGCAGAAAUAAUCAGCUCUAAUGCUUCUCAGACCCUGGCAGCAAACAGCUCAGAUGUGAAGGUGGUGAAGGUCCACGACAUUGAAGAGAACAUCUGGUCACCUCGAUUUGGUGUAAAGGGAAAGAUCGAUAUGACUGUACAAGUUGAGUUCCCCAAAGCAGCGAGGCAGAAGAAGAAAGUUCUUCCCCUGGAACUGAAGACAGGGCGAUCCACCUUCUCCAUAGAACACAAGGGGCAGGUGACAUUGUACUCUAUGAUGAUGUCUGACCGUCGUGAGGAUCCUGAAGAGGGAUUGUUGCUGUACCUGAAGGAGCCUGUCAUGACUAAAGUGGCUGUCAAGGGAGAUAACAAGAGAGCUAUACGCAUGUGUGUGGAGCGUAUCAAAGCUUACCUGAAGACUAGAGGGUCUGAUACAGCUAGCAUGCGUAACGAGUUAGUCAGAAAUUAUUAUGUGAAACAACAAAUAACAAAGUCAGUAGAGAAUGGCCACGUGACGUACCAGUACGGACAUCUGCCGAAGCCCAUCAACAACUACAGGUCCUGCAGCAAAUGUCCACAACUGCUGAACUGUGCAGUGUACCAGCGACAUGUUGAGGGUGUGAACCGUGGCAGCGGACAUGCGAUGGAGAAGUUGGUGCCGGAGACUCUGGGGCACCUUCAGCAGCAUCACGUUGACUACUACCUGCACUGGUGUGUGUGUCUGGAGCUGGAGAGUCGUGUUGCCAGGGGCAGCAACAUCACCGACAUCUGGUGCAGCAGCAGUCACGACAGGGAGAAGAAAGGGGACUGCUUGUCAGGAAUGAAGAUAAAACACACCAAGAUGGCCAAUGUUAUGGAAAGUCAGCGGUUUGCCGAGGGAGAGAGCUGUAUUGUUACGUUCAAAAGACACCCCAGUCAUCUCAGAUGGCCGUCUGCUUAUCCUCUCAUCCGCUUCAUCUACAGCAUCAGUGAGGCUGAAGUGGACAUUGUUGUAGACAGGGGUAUCUUUCACGAGGACCCAACGCUGCGGAAUCUCACCUACCGCCUUGACCGAUGUGACAACUUCAACACCCUCGGCUACCUCUUCACCAACCUCUCCCGCCUGCUCACCAACCAACAUUCCAGGGAGAGGCUAAGAGAGCUCAUUAUAGACAGGAAGAAGCCGGAGUUUCAGCUGACAAUGUCCAAGGGCACCAUCGAGAAAGUGAAGCACAUCUUCAAGUCCCUGAACAAGCCACAGAAAGCUGUAAUCCUCAAGAUACUGAUGUGCAAGGACUAUGUGCUGAUCAAGGGCUACCCUGGAACAGGUAAGACGUCCACCAUCGUGGCCCUCGUCCGCAUCCUCAACUGCCUCGGUCUCUCCGUCCUCCUGACCAGCUACACCCACUCCGCUGUCGACAACAUCCUGCUCAAACUCAACAAGCUGAAUGUAAACUUCCUACGGUUGGGUCGUCUCGGCAGGAUCCAUCCUGAUCUCCAUGACAACGCCGCUGAGGUCCUCACGUCCAAGAUAACCUCCGUCCAUGAGCUGCGAACCUUCUAUGAAUCACAGAACAUAGUUGCCACAAGCUGCCUGGGUGUGAACCACCCGAUCUUCUCACAGCGCAGGUUUGACGUGUGUAUUGUAGACUAGGCGUCGCAGGUGCUGCAGCCAGCUUGUCUCGGGCCGUUGUUUGCCGCAGACCGGUUUGUGCUGGUCGGGGAUCCCAAACAGCUGCCGCCAGUCGUACAGAGCAGGGAGGCACGGGAACUAGGUAUGGGGGAGAGUCUGUUUGCUCGUCUUGACGACGCUGGUGCAACCUUCGACCUGAACCUUCAGUACCGUAUGAACAAGACCAUCAUGCACCUGAGCAACGAGCUGAUGUACGGGGGACUCCUGCAGUGUGGGAGCAGCGAAGUGGCCGAGACCUGCCUGGCGCUACCUGAACCCACAGUCCACACCAGACCUUGGCUCAGUCAGGUCCUGGCGUCCGAUCUUCAGCAGGCGGCCAUCUUCCUGGACACCAACAAGGUGCCAGCCCCUGAGUCAUCGGACGGUAAGGGAAUGUUGAAGAACACAGUGGAAGCCGAGCUGGUCCUCAUUAUCGUGGCAUCACUGGUCAAGUGUGGUUUGUCCAUGGAUGACAUUGGGGUCAUUGCACCGUACCGCCACCAGGUGAAACUCCUGCAGCAGCUGCUUCACCAGCGCCACCUAGUGGCUGUAGAGGCCAACACUGUCGACCAGUACCAGGGCCGAGACAAGAGCAUCAUCAUCAUGUCCUUCGUCCGCAGCAGCCGCUCGCAGAACAAUAAGCUGGGAGAGUUGCUGCAAGACAUCCGGCGUCUGAACGUGGCCGUGACCCGAGCUAAACACAAGCUGAUCCUCGUCGGGGACGUCGGGACUCUACGUCAGUUUGACCCUCUCCUCAAGGUCAUCCAGACCAUGGAACACGACAACCAAAUCCUUGCCUUGCCCCCUGAUGCCCACAGGUGACGUGCGGAGCAGCUACAGUGCUACGUCGGCCAAGUGAAGUGAAACGACAGUGCUUUGUGAUCCUGUUUUGAUAGCGAGUGUCUGCCGAGUGGAGUGAAACUAGUGCUGCAUGAUCGGCUUUGGGACAUUGAACGUCAGCUGAGUGCCCAGGUGGUGCUGUAAUAGUGACAGUGUUGUUGCCAUAGUGAUGACGAGUGGUACCGUCAUCACUGUGGCCCUAUGAUAUUAACUUCUACUUGUCUUCUAUGUGUACCAAGAAGUGCUACUGACAGACAUAUUUACAAUAAAUAGGAUGGCAUUUGGAAUUCAGUUUUUAAAUAUAUUUAUUUACUGAAUUUUAAUAAAUUUUUAAAUUGU